UCUCCUAGUCUACUAUUUGAUUUUUUUUCCUUUAGAACAAUUUGAUCAUACUGUGCAUGCAAGAGAGAGAGAGAGAGAGAAAGAGCAAUUGCAGUGGAAGUCUUGUGCACGCUCAACAAGAUGAGAAGGGAAUAAUUUGCAGGACAAAGUAUUCCAUCUUACACCGUUUACUAGUUGACCUCAAUAUAUAUACUGCGCCCCCGUCUGGUGGAAUGUGUGGAGCACAUAUCCAUGAACACUAUUAGGACCUACCAAGCUGCAACUAUUCAUAUAUAUAUGUGUGUGUAAAGUGAAAAAGGAGAAGAAGGAUUUGAAGGAGAGCUUCCGGUAUUUUGUUUGGGGGUUUCAAAAGAGAAAUGGAAGGAGAACGGGGAGGAGUCCAUAAUUAUGAGCUACAAGUUUCUUUCUCAACUCCACAACCUAUCAACGAAAUGGGGUUUGUACAGUUUGAAGAAAACCAGGUUUUGAGUUUAUUGGCUCUUGCACACUCUUCUCAUCAUCAUCAAAUAUCUCAGCCUCUUAAUACUACCACCACCACCACCAAUUCCACUGCCAUGGGCUUCACCACGCAUAACAACAACCAGGUAGUAAAUACUGAAGAUCCCAAAGCUGCAAACGAUGAGAACAACUGUCCUAGUAAAGCUAAUGAUGGAAACAACUCAUGGUGGAGGAGCUCAGCCUCGGAAAAGAGCAAAUUGAAGGUAAGGAGAAAGCUUAGAGAACCAAGGUUUUGCUUCCAAACCAGAAGCGAUGUUGAUGUGCUAGACGAUGGUUAUAAGUGGAGAAAAUAUGGGCAGAAGGUUGUGAAAAAUAGCCUUCAUCCUAGAAGUUAUUAUCGUUGUACGCACAAUAAUUGUAGAGUGAAGAAGAGAGUGGAGCGACUGUCGGAGGAUUGUCGAAUGGUGAUAACAACUUACGAAGGUAGACAUAACCACACUCCCAGUGAUGAUUCUAAUUCAUCUGAGCAUGAAUGUUUUACAUCUUUCUAAAUUUGGAAUGUUUUCAAAAAAACCCAAAUAGUAAAUAUAAUGAACAUAUGUAUAUGUUGUAAUAUUAUCUUCCUACAGCUUUAUCCAAAUAGUGAUCAUUUAAGGACAUCCGUAGCUUACAUGGACAUUGUGUCUUUUAUUAUUAAUCCACUUGAAGACAAGAGUAGAUCCUUUGGUCUAUAA